UCUACUAUAUAUAUAUAUACUAUAUUAUAUAUUCCCCCCCUUCAUAACAUAACCAUAUGACAUUAAUCCCAUCAAUACACACACACACACUCUUCUAAUGCCAAAAAUGAGCAUCUCUGUCAAUGGACAAUCCCAAGUCCCUCCUGGCUUUCGCUUCCACCCUACCGAAGAAGAGCUCCUCCAAUAUUACCUCCGCAAGAAGGUUUCUUUCGACAAGAUCGACUUAGAUGUCAUUCGUGAUGUCGAUCUCAACAAGCUCGAGCCUUGGGACAUCCAAGAGAAAUGUAAGAUUGGAACUACUCCGCAGAACGAUUGGUAUUUUUUUAGUCAUAAGGAUAAAAAGUAUCCGACUGGGACUCGGACUAAUCGAGCUACUGCAGCUGGGUUCUGGAAGGCUACGGGUCGUGAUAAAGUCAUUUAUAGUAAUUGUCGGAGAAUUGGAAUGAGAAAGACGCUUGUGUUUUAUAAAGGUCGUGCUCCUCAUGGCCAGAAAUCAGAUUGGAUUAUGCAUGAGUAUCGACUUGACGAAAAUUCCACAUCUGAAUCCAAUAAUGCAAGUAGUGUAGUUGUGAUUGGAGAUGGUGGACAAGAAGAAGGGUGGGUGGUGUGUAGGAUUUUUAAGAAGAAAAACCACCAUAAAACCCUAGAUAGUCCAAUGAGUACUACAACGAAUGAAACCACGUCGUCUUUGUUGCUUGAUUCUUGCAAUAAUGACGGAGCAUUAGAUCAAAUCAUUCACUACAUGGGAAGAACUUGCAAGGAAAUUAUUGAAGAAGAUCAAGAAGAUGAGGACGGGAUAGGGAUGGGUGCUGGGAGGUUACUCCAUCCGAUCGACACAUCUUCUGUUGUUAUUAACGGUAGCGGUAGUUACCUGGACGGAAGAUUCUCCAAACUUCCAAGCUUGGAAAGCCCAAAUUCUACCAGCACUCAUAACUGUUACCAACCUAUUAACAACCACAUGGGUCCUACUGAUUCUAUGAUAGUUUCUGGCUACCAAUUGGACUCUUCUUCCGUCUCUUCCGCCCCUCAUAAUUGGGCCGCAUUCGACCGUUUGGUCGCCUCCCAACUCAACGGCCAAGUCGAAGUUUCCAAUAUGAUAUAUUACAGUGAUCAACUCCCAACUACUACAACACUACGUGGAACCACAUCCUUUUCCUCCAAAUCUUCAUCUUCUUCAUACAACGCAGUCGUCGCUGCCGCCGCCACCGCCACUCAAGAUUACAACAACGUCGACACUGAGUUGUGGAGCUUUGCCAGAUUGUCGUCUACUGACCCGUUAUGUCACGUAUCCGAUACAACAAUAUAA